AGUGAUACCAUUAAACUUGUCAACGAACAUUAGGGCGCUGUUUUUGAAUUUUACACCAGUCAUUUCGCUGCAUUAGCAAACAGUGUAUAACCGCCAUUGGAUUUUAUGUUCGGUAGGAUGGGCUUAUUUCACAGCAAAGUUUCUCCGAAAAACAAGCCGGAUACACAGCUGAACAUUCUCGAUCCGCGAUCUCCAACGGUAAACAUUAACCGAAGCCCUAUCGGACUUGAGUGCGCACAAGACAUACCAUCAAUCACGAAAAUGCGGGAUUUAACGACGGACUUAACGGAAAUUUUGGACAACGUUCAAACUCCAGAUCGUGUCAUGGGCGAGAAACUGCAGUCUAUUUUCGAUCCCCGUUCACCGAGCUUGUUCGUGCGAACGCCGCUCAUUCUAGAUGAGACCAACGCAUCAACUGUGAGUCUUAAAGGUGUUUCACUUGAGUAUGAAGAAAUUAGUUGUGAGGAGGAACUUUCAUUUGGUGAGAAAUCACUGUCCUUCAAGGAAUGUGAAGAUAUUCCAAUCAUAACAAUCACAGCACCCGACGAAGAAGCUAGCAGUUUAUUCAGUGAUAUCAGUUUGAAUACCGAGCUUAAAACGGAGAUAGAUAGUAUCAUUCAGAAAUUGUAUGAUGCAGGUAAAGAUCCUCGUUCGCCUUCGACCCAAAUUCAUAGGACACCCAUUGUUUUUGAAGAAACCGACACACAUAGUGAAGAAAACGAAGAUAAUAAACCGGACGUCCAAAAAGAGAAACGAGAGGAUAACUCGAACACCCAACAGACGAAUAUUUAUCAGGAAGAGACUCGAGUAACGGUGGAAACGCCUAAAAAGGAAAAAAUGCUUAACAAUAAAAGCUCGGGCAAUGCCACACAACGUACACCUCUAGGUUGUGUGACGAAUGUUAAAACUCCGGUAAACGGUGCCAGUGAACUGCGGAAGACUGCUCUACUCGGUCAGAUGAAGCAAAAUGCAGCAACCUUGGGAGGUAGUGCAGAGCUAGCGCACGGUAGACGUUCGCUUCCCCGAUCGAAAAUACCGACACUGAGAAUGAAGUAAUUCAGUUAUUUAGCGUAUGACGAACUCGACUGGGUUUGUUCUAUUUGUAUGUUCAUUUCGUUGAAACUUAUAGGUAUUUAGAUCUAGAAUUGACGAUCAUUUUUUUUAAUAUAUACUUUUCUACUCCUUCAUGUAUUUAGUAUAAUUUAACAUUUUUGUAAUUAGUUUUAGAUAAUAAAACGCUCAAAGUUAGAAAUAUGUUUUAGAUUGUUAGUUUCAACCACAAACCAAAUAAUAUGGGUUUUCAUGUAAAUGUGCGGCGGCUUCAUCCAACU